AUGGCGCUCGGUACGGCAGUACAAACUGUUAGUAAAUUUAAAUCAGAUUCUUGGGAAGGUCGGGCUAAACUAUUCGACUGCACUGUAUCUGUAAUACUUUUAUAUGCAUCAGAAGUGUGGGGUCUACGUUACUGUGAUUCACUUGAAAUCGUUCAAUCAACGUACUACAAACGUUUGUUAGCACUCCCCCAAGCUACAAACAAUGCAGCACUUAGACUAGGUCUUGGUCUUGUAACUAGGUCUUGUAAAUAUUUCAUACAGAGUUUUCAAACGCGCAAUCGAUUUCAUUAUACGAAUUCUUUAAAUGGACCAAUCAAGAUACCUCAAACAACGUCUCCUUCGUCUCAUUUACCUAUACGGUUGUCUGUUGAAAAGAAAAUAGCUAUUGCAGUUUACAAACUUGCCUCUUGUGCUGAAUACCGUGUAAUUGCAAAGGGAUUUGGAGUAUCAAAAAGUACUGUUUGCUUAUGUGUUCACAGUUUCUGUAAAGUUUUAAUUGAAAAUCAAGUCGGCAAAAUAUUAUCCUGGCCAAAUGCAUUAGAAUGUGAACGCAUAGCCUCGAGAUUUGAACAAAAAUUUAAACUGCCAAAUAUUAUUGGUGUUAUAGACGGCACUCAUGUGCCAAUUAAACCCCCACAAGACGGUGCUGCAGACUUUCGUAACAGAAAGGGUUAUAGUUCCAUUGCAGUGCAAGCUAUUGUGGAUGAUCAAUAUUUAUUUAAAAAUAUCACAGCACGAAAUCCUGGCUGUGCACACGAUGCAUCAGUGCUUAGGGGCAGUUCUCUAUACAAAAACCAUAAUACAUUAAUUCCUGAAAGCCAUAGGGAAAUCGACGGAAUUUACAACGCCUCAAAUGAAGCUAUGCUUUUUAAACUUCCUUAUUAUAUUAUUGGUGAUGCAGCUUAUCCGCUUUGUAACUGGAUUAUGAAAAAUUAUAGGGACGAGUUAACUGUUGCACGAAUUGUUGUGGAGCAAGCAUUUGGUCGCUUGAAAGGAAGAUGGAGAAUACUUUAUAAGAAGAGCGACCUAGAUGUUUACAAUAUGCCGCAUGUGAUAAUAUCGUGCGGAAUUCUUCACAAUUUUGUGGAGAUAUCUAAACAACGUUAUAAUUCCUCGUGGGAUGUAGAAAGAAUCCACGGUGAAAGUGAAUAUCCCCAACCUGAACAGAUGUACAAUCGACAAAAUUCGUCGUCCGGACAUCUUAUGCGAGAUCAUAUAUGCGCGUAA